AUGCAGUGUCUCAAAUGCGGCCAAAUCGGCCACCGGGCUGCCAACUGCCCCAAGAAGGACGAGAACCACGGCCAGGCGAAGAUGACGGAUGAAGGUGAUGUGGAACAAGCUCCAUUUGUUUGCUAUGCGGAGCUGGCCUUGUCGGCGUCGACGGAAACCGCAGCUAUGACCACAGCAGAGGCGGUCAAGCGAGGAUGGUGUGUAGUAGAUGGGGGGGCUACCAAAACCAUUGGUAGCAUUACGGCAGUCCAGAAUGUACUGGACCGCAACAAGCAGGACUCCGGAGACUCCCGUCUACGCCACGUGGACACCAAGCGCCAACCCGUCUUCUCCUUCGGCAAUAGCUCUGAGAACAAGUGCGCCUCGACCGUGGAAUUGGCCAUCCAGGCGGCAGAAAAAGAGGGCACCAUGACCAUCCACACGUUGGACACUGGUGCCGGGCCCAUCUUGAUGAGUGUGUCAACGUUACGGUCGCUUGGGGCCGUGAUCGAUCCCACGCCUCAGAGAGCCGAGACCAACAUGAGCAUCGCGACGAUGAAGAAAGCGCAGCUGCAGGAGCUGCUGAGCCAGAUGGGCGAGGACCCGCCCAACCGCUGGACGAAGGUGGAGCUUCGCCAGAGGAUCGUGGAGCUCGACCCGGAGCUCGCCCAGCAUCAACGAGGACAAGAUCGCGACACCGAGUUGCGUGGGCUCAUCAGGAAGAUCAACCAGGCCAGCAAGAAGAAGCAGACUAUGGUGGCCCUAUGCGAAGGAGAGUUGCAGCUGGCCCUCACAGGGAACGAGACCUUGGCGCAGUUGGAGCGUCGAGCGGUGGAGCAAGCCCACCGUUUGGCACGUGCUCAUGCCCAGGACUAUGUGGGUUUCGGCAAGCACAGCGGACUCCAGUACGAGGACAUCAACCACUACCAGCCGUCUUACCGAGCAUGGGUGCUACAGACGGCACAGGAAAAUCCGGGAGCCGACUAUCGCCUGGUCCGCUUGGCCAACUGGCUCCGGAACAAUCCCCCAGCGUUGGAAGCCGAUUCGCCUGUGAGGACAGCUCGGCCCAAGGCCAAGAUGAUGAUGAAGCCCAAGACGACCAUGAAGUCGCCGCCUCCCACGACGAUCGACGAGGACGCGGCAACAUCCUCGGAUGGUCCACCGAUUCGGGCGGACCAGCUGGCCAAGGUGCUGACACAGCUGUCGGGCGCCAUCGAGACCCUCCAACACGAGAUGAAGGACCUCAAGGAGGAGAAGGAGGAGCGACCACGCAAGAAGGACGCCAAGAACAUGGGGCGAGUGGCAGCAUCCGACACAACGUCCGAGGGCUACACGAAGGUGGACAAGUUGGAAGAAGAAUCACGGAACAUUGUGCCAGGGUUGUUUCAGGCUUUGGUGAGCUAUGAUAGGUUGGGCCGGAGCUGCCCAAAGACUUUCCUUGUGGAAUGGGGCCGAUUUGAGCACGGUGUGGUUGUCCCCACCGUGCGGACCUUUCUCCCCGCUACAGCAUACCAACAGCCGGACGGUAGCCGACUGGUGCGCAAGGGAUGGAAGCUGAUCACGUCACAUGGUAGGUACACGAAGAGUUUUGCCUCCCGAGUAGCUAAAGCUUUGGCUCUGGAACUCACGUCGUUCAACAAGCCGAAGCCCGGGCUCAACAACUUCUCCAAGCCAAAGACUGGAGCACAAAGGCCGGGACAGUUGGGUAGCGAUAAAGUGAAGUACUUCGUCUUUGGUGCUUAUGCCCACGGGGCACAGUAUGGCAUCACGAACAGAACCAACCAAUUCCCGAAGUGUGUGCAAUACUUGAACAUGUACAUGAAACAGAAGACCAACAACAGUAGAAAGUGGACGUCACUGGUGGUGAAUGUGAACAACAGCAUGCCUUUGCACCGAGAUGUGAACAAUCAGGAGGUCUCUGGGUCCAAGAGACGACGCAAGGAAUCAGAUUGA